ACAUAUCACUUAUGUCAGACCAUAGAUAAUAGAUAGCGUUAGACGUCAGACGUUAGCUGCACUGCAGCUGCAUCCGAUGUUUUUUUUUAAUUAUUUAAUAAAGUGAAUUUUACAGUGAUUCUUGAGUUGACUUUGAGGUUAUGUCCGCAACUGUGGCCUAAUUUAAAUUUAUCAUAAAGACCGGGGCAACUUUCUGUAAAUAAAUUUACAACUAAAAGUAGGUCAUAAAUAUAAUGGCGUCUUUCUCUAGGUUACAAAAGAUAGCUCUCCUGAGUUUAGGCGCGGUUGGUGGCAGCUUCGCAUAUUAUCAAAUAGGUAAAUUGGAGAACAAAUACGAUGUUAAAAAUUCGUGGACCACGAAUUAUACGCCCAGUGUAAAAUGGGACAAAAAUUGGGACCACCGUGAACCAGAGUCAAUCGUGAAACCUCCAAAGUCUGAUAAACCAGAGGAUGACAACAGAUACAAUGAACAAAUUGAGAAAUCAAAGAGCAAAGCAGUGCGACACUUGUUCCUUAUUAGACAUGGACAGUACAAUCUUGAAGGUGCCACAGAUAAGGAGAGAAUCCUCACUGAAUUAGGUAGACAACAAGCAGACCUCACAGGCAAAAGAUUGGCCCUUCUAGACAUUAAGUGGGACCUUCUAGUCAGAUCGACGAUGACCAGAGCACAGGAGACUGCGAAAAUUAUAGCCAAGCAUUUACCAAGUGACAUAGAGGUGAAAGAUUGUCAGUUAAUAGAAGAAGGAGCGCCAAUUCCCCCUGAGCCACCGGUUGGUCAUUGGAGGCCAGAACCAAAACAGUUCUUCCAGGACAGCGCGCGCAUCGAGGCAGCGUUCCGGCGCUACUUCCACCGCGCGCCGCCCGACCAGACGCAAGACUCCUACACGCUGCUUGUGUGCCAUGCGAACGUCAUACGGUUCUUCGUUUGCAAGGCCCUCCAGUUCCCACCAGAAGGCUGGCUCCGGAUAUCCCUCAACCACGGCUCCAUCACGUGGGUCUCCAUACUGCCGAGCGGGAACGUAGUACUGCGGUCACUGAGCGAAACGGGUCACAUGGACCCCAAGUAUAUCACCAGCCGGUAAACUAUGAAAGGUGCUAUGUAGUUAGCAUAAUGUGAAUGGAGCCUUAUAGUCUCAGACUAAUUACAUAAGGGGGUAGACGAAUAUCUUAGCAAUCCAUGGAUUCACCGUGCAGGUGCCGAGUCUAUCGCGUGGUAGAGAGAAAAACACCGAACAAAGUUCAAGACUUGUAACUAUUAUAUUUGUAGGGUUAAGGAAUUCCUUGACGAUCGAAUCGCAUAUCUAUAGUAUCGCAUUUGCUCACAAAACGACAGAUAA